AUGAGCGCAGGCGGGGGCCGGGAGGAGGGAGCCGCCGCCGCGGUGCUGCAGCUGCUCCGGGAGCAACCGGAGCCCCAGGCGGAGGAGAGCGGGGCUCAGCGCUUCGCCCUCUGCCUGCCCCCUGGGGAGGAGGUAAAAGAAGUAGAAGAAACCAUAGAAGAGAUGUUAAUAAGGCUGGAUGAGUUCUGUGGCAUGACUGAUGUGAUUAGAAGCGAUACAUCCCAGAUCCUGGAUGAGACCAUUCCGCUCAUUAAAGCCAAGGUGGUAGAAAUGAACAACAUCUAUGCCAAAGUUGAUAAAUUAGAGGCAUUUGUUAAAAUGGUUGGACGCCAUGUCUCGUUUCUAGAAGAACAAGUGCUUCAAGCGGAGGGGAACCACAGCACUGUGUUUCAUGCUGUUCGCAAACUACUUCAGUCUGCAGCUAUACCUUCUUUUAAAAAUGUGAGUGUUUGA